UUGGCCUGGCAGUUAAUGACCAGAGAGAUAGAAGAAUCAGCAGCACGCGAGCGUCCAGACCGCAACAAACGUCCGAGCAAAAGCCUGUCAGUUUAUUUUUUUGGAGAGGAUCUGUGCGCUUUAAACGGAUCUACCAAAAUACUACAAGGGACAAGAGCAAGUUAUUCCCAGUGUGCACCUUCAUGUGUGUGAACUCUAUGUAGUGAGGUUUCGGGAAUGAUGAACCUGUUUGAUAUUCUGUCUCCAUGCCAACUGGUGCCUCAGGUAGAGACACACCUGAAUCCUCCCGUGAGAAGGUGACCUCUCUUAACCAAGCCAAACUCCACAGGAAUAUGCCCGGACUGCACAAUGGAUUUCAACAGCACAGAGUUGGGCCUAUACACACCCGUCCUGAAAGCAGGAAUCUACCCGGCAUCCUCUCCGUGGUCAAAUCUCCAGAACACGAGUCUCAUCAACCUCAGUGCUGUUGACAAGCUUAAUGGGAGUUAUACUGGGGUAGAAGGUCAAUCCUAUGAUCCACUCGGUGGUCACUCGCUAUGGCAGGUUAUAAUCAUUGUCGUGUUUACAGGACUUCUUUCUCUCAUUACUAUCAUUGGGAACAUAUUGGUCAUGGUGUCAUUUAAGGUCAACCGUCAGCUAAAAACAGUCAACAACUACUUUCUUUUGAGUUUGGCUGUUGCGGAUCUUAUCAUUGGGGUCAUUUCGAUGAACCUGUACACCACCUAUAUCGUCACGGGUCAUUGGACAAUGGGAAACUGGGCGUGUGAUUUCUGGUUAGCUAUAGACUACGUGGCCAGCAACGCAUCUGUUAUGAAUCUUCUCGUUAUUAGCUUUGACCGAUAUUUCUCCAUUACACGACCGCUGACGUACCGCGCCAAACGUACAACCAAACGAGCAGUGAUGAUGAUCGGCCUGGCAUGGUUCGUGUCGAUCGUACUCUGGGCGCCGGCCAUUUUGUUUUGGCAGUACUUCGUAGGCGAAAGGACCGUUCCACCAGAUAAAUGCUACAUUCAGUUUCUCUCCGAGCCAAUUAUUACAUUUUGCACCGCUAUGGCAGCUUUCUACCUGCCUGUGACGAUAAUGAGCGUCCUGUACUGGCGAAUAUACAAAGAGACCGAGAACCGCUCAAAGGAGCUUGCGGGAUUACAAGGCUCCAUCAGCCGGUUUGGCGCAGCAGAGCGACCGCACUUCCAUCUCCACGCAGCUGGGAGGAGCUCACGAAGGUGCAGCAGCUUUGAACUGGGCCAACCUGGCCACAGGCACGGACUAAGCGGGCGAUUUCACGGCUGGGGUUGGAAGUUUAGCAGCAGAGAUAGAUGUGGGCCACAACGGGAGGUGGAUCAGAGCAGCAGCGACAGCUGGAACAACAAUGAAGUUGGUCUUUCGGUAGAUCACUCAGGCUCGUCUGAUGAAGACGAGAGCGCGCCGUCCACCAAGCGGGCGAUUUUCUCCCUCGUCCUCAACCUGCCCGGCAUAAGUGCGGCUGUGAACCCUCAGGUCACUUCCUGUGAGGAUUUGGACGCAGCCUCAGAGGAAGAUCCAUUACGUUCCCCCACAGAGAACGAUGGCGGCAUUUCGCGCUCCGUUACCAACGGCAGCAAACGUUUCGUCGGGACCAUCAGCAAAGUUCAAUCUAUGUCUACCAUACAGCCGUCAACGACUAGAAUGGAUACGGGCGCAGAUGGUACCAACGCCAACAAAUCUCCACCGGCACCCAUAUCUUUCAAAGAGGCAGCCUUGGCGAAGCGCUUCGCGGUCCGUGCAAGGACGCAAAUGACGAAGCGAAAGCGCAUGUCGCUUAUAAAAGAAAAGAAAGCGGCACAAACUCUAAGUGCGAUUCUCUUUGCUUUCAUUAUAACAUGGACACCUUAUAACAUUAUGGUGCUGGUGAACACUUUCUGCAAUGGCUGCAUACCUGAGAACCUAUGGGCGUUGGGCUAUUGGCUGUGUUACGUUAACAGUACAGUGAAUCCUAUGUGCUAUGCUCUUUGCAACAAGACUUUUCGCAACACUUUUAAGAUGAUUUUGCUGUGCCGCUGGGAUCAGCAACAAAGCAGACCAAGUUUUCAUCAAAGGCAGGCUGUGAGAUUUCACAGGAACAUACCAACAGAUUCCACAUAGCAGAACGAUCUUGGGGGCGGAGCUAACUUGCAUAUGAUAAAGCUACGUAUGGUCAGUAGCUACGAGGUGGCUUCCAAAAUUUUUUGAAUUUGUGUAUAAGUCUCAUGUGGAUGUUUAGUCUCUUAUGAUCCUAAUCCAAUAGAUUUGAACAUUUAUGUAAAGGCACUGUGGUAACAAUGAAGUAACAAUAAACUGAGCAAGUGCAAUUGUCAACAGUACUUCCUGUGGACUUUUAUAAGACUUUUGCUAAUCUGCAGUGCCAACGUUCAAGAUUUGGUAUCAACAACACAAAAACUGUAUAUCUUAAACCACAAAGUGUUGAUUGAAAUACAAUUCACUCCAUUUGGAAACUUUGGGGUUGGGUAUUGCAUUAUGCUUGUUGAUGAACAGAAACUAAAAUAUGAUUUUUAAACACAACAGUGUAUAUUAUUAAGUAUUCACGUUAAGUAAUAAUAAGGUAUGUAUUUUGCUAGUGAAAUGUGCUGAUUUCUGUGAAACCGUGAGAGCACAGGGGUUUAGUAUGUUUGCUGGAGUAAGUGUUAAUGUUCUGCAACAUGUGAGCCACGGUUUAUCGGUUUGUAGAAAGGCUUUAUUGGUUAUUCAUAAACAGCACUUCCUUAUGCUGCUCUUGUAUAAAAUGUGGUUGUUUACAUUGUUUUGAUACUAGUAUUGCAUAAUAAGUAGGCAUACAGUGCACAUUAAAUACGUUUGUAUUGUUUGGACUUUGGAUUUGUGCACUGAUGACAGUGGGCUAGCUGUGAAAUUUUCAAGAACCUUUUGUUUUUGUAACUGACAUUAAAGGGAUAGUUCACCCCAAAACUAAUACUUUAUAAUUGUUUUCUCACCCUGGUGUCGCUUGAACCCCCAAUGUUCUUCUGAUCCCAACUGCAGAUUUCUCAAAAGAAGUGUUGGCCACCAUCCACUCCCAUAGUAACCAGAAAACCCAUCAAGCUUUAAAAUGACCCAGAAGUGUUAAAGGUGGGGUACAUGAUCUCUGAAAGCCAAUGUUGACAUUUGAAAUCACCUAAACAAACAUGCCCCUACACUAAUAGAAUCUGAACCUUCAUUUGAUAGACCCGCCCCAACACAUACGCAACCCAGGCAACAAUGUCGUUUCGUAGACAGUAGACACUCGGCCUUACUCCCUUUUACAAAAUUGUUUUUCAAAAAUCACACGCCCCGCCUUUAAAUGUUUAUAACUUCACUCACCUUAUGUCAUUUAUUUUAAGAGACAUUUACUCCUCUACUUUCCUGUUGUGGAUAUUGCUGUUGUUUCAGAUGUUACACAUAAUUUAAAACUAAAUAUUUCAUGCCCAAACACCAGUUCAGAAACAGACUCACACCUGUAAGUAAAUGCAGAUGUCAAUCCCGAAAUUUUCCUGAAUAAACGCAGAACUGAAAGGGAAGCAACACUUAAAAAAAAAUCUGCAUUUAGGUUCUGAAAGCAGAGACAGAUAUUAGAGGUUCAAAUGAAAUGUAAAUAAUGACAAAAUGAAAAUUUUGGGGUGGACUAUCUCUUUAAGGCUAAGUCACACCAGUCCAUGUAUGUCUGAAUUAGCCUUUAGUGUGAUGAGGGAUAUUUCCAUUUACAUUGCUUAACUAAAUCUAAACUUAUUUUAGAUACGUUUGUACAGUAAAUUAAUUUACUAGACUGUAUGGUUAAUCAUCUUUAUUGUCAGUGCCAUGCUUUAACAUCACACUGUAAAAAAUACUUUGCUGCCUUAAAAUUUUUUGUUAAAUCAACUUAGAUUUACAAGUCAUGUCAACAAAGAAGAGUUGUCACAACUUAUAAAAUAUAGUUGAAAAAAGUCAACUUAAUUUUAUACGUUAUACUCACCUGUAGUUAUAACAACUCAUCUCUAGUCAAGAUAAAUCAUAGUAAGUUGAAAUGAUUUGUAAAUCCAAGUUGAUUCAACAAAAAUGUUUAAGGCAGCAAAGUAUUUUUUACAGUGCAGAGGUGGGGUCCAAAAAUGUAAGACUUGUGACAGUGCUUAUAUUUUGCUUUUUUAUUUAAUUCUUUUUUUUAUUACAGAGUAAUGUAUACUAUCUAUAUUAUAAUUUGAGUAAAGCGUUUUACUCAAAACCGAGUGUAAGCUGAAUUGAAGGAUUUUUUAGAAUUUAGUAUGCCCCCUUUUGCUUUACUGACAGCAUGAACUUGAGCUGGAAUAGACUAAAUCUGUUGAGCCGUGAUAUUUCGCAUGAUUUGAGAAUGUGUCAAAUUAACAUCUUUUGUGCUUCAGUGGAAGUAAGGAUAAACUGAAGCUUUUGGACAUAUUAUAACCUAAGUCCAGUUAGUUACCUGCCUGCAGAUUAGCUUAAAGGAAAACACCACCGUUUUUCAAUAUUUUACUAUGUUCUUACUUCAACUUAGACAAAUUAAUACAUUAAAUGCGUGCACUUAAUCUUUGUACAGCGCAUUGUGAAUGUGUUAGCAUUUAGCAUAGCCCCAUUCAUUCCUUAGGAUCCAAACAGAAAUGAAUUUAGAAGCCUCCAAACACUUCCAUGUUUUCCCUUUUAAAGAUGGUUACAUGAGUAGUUACAUGAGUAAGUAUGGUGGCACAAAAAAGUGGAGAUUUUUUAAGCAAAUAAAAAUGAGAACUAUAUUGCAUGGUGGAAGAGCACUUAGUUUGCAGCACUUCACCUUUGGGCACAGUAAUAUCAACGGAAGUUUGAGCGAGAGGGGAAGUAGUCACAAAGAAUAUAGAAGCACAAGAGGGGAAACUCUCAUUCGUUUUUGGCAACAGUCACUAGGUGGCGCUUCAGUAGGGCGGCCGCCAUUUUGGAAUGAAAAUUCUCACAGCCAAUUCAUUCUCAAUUCAUUCUCAGCGAAUCUCACAGCCAAAUCAGAAGCACAAUAGUAAGUUUCUUAGAUUAAAAUUUGGUUUACUUGCUACACCUACACGAAAUGCUGUAUUGUCUUGUAUGCAUGUGUUGUGUUGUUGUUGUUAUCAGUUGUGGAAUCCAAUCAUUAAAUAGAUACACAUUUGAGGUAGUUUUUUCUUGCUUUAUUAUGUAAAUCUAUUUUAUGCAACUUUACACAUUUAUUAGUUACCAACUCCAGUAGGUAUGAAAUAUAUUUUGUACAUAUUAAUCCCCUGGAUCCCGCUACAAACAUUAUAAUCUUAUAGAACAUGAUGCAUUGUUCUGUCUGUUAUCCUAUAAUUGCCACUUUUGGACAGUGGCUGUGGUUUUUUUCUACUUAAUCCAUUUUGAGCAAUUCAGAUGUAUAUGUGUGUUGUGUAUAUGGAGCCAAAAUAUUAUGUGUGGAUGAGUUUAUGUCGGUAUGUUUGUAUGUAAAAUUAGCAUAAAAGUGGAAGACUUGUCUAAAUAUCUGAAAAUAAGUUGUAAAAAGGGAAUAAUGAUCACUGGUCUGAUUGUAUGUUAUUCUGUGUUAUCAUCAUUCAGUUUGAAUUUGAUCUUUUAAUGUACAAAGUAGCUGAUAUUGCCAUCACUUCUAGUUAACUCCCGAGUCGCUUUCAUUCCAAAAUGGCGGAUUUGUAGGGCUGCUGCUGGGCGCUGGUGUUGCAAUGGAACGUUCUAUUGAGUUUCCCCUCUUGUGCUUCUAUACUCUUUGGUAGUCAUAGGAGCGAUGAUGUUACUGCGCGCCGAGGUCAAAGUUCUGCAAACGCAGUGCUCUUUCACCAUACAAUAUAGUUCUCAUUUUUAUCCGCUUAAAAAUCACCACGUUUUAUUUGUGCCACCAUACUUACUCGCGUAAGUCUUUAAAUAGGAAAAACUGUUUGGUGGCUUCUAAAUUCAUCCCUGUUUGGAUCCUAAGGAAUGAAUGGGGCUAGGAUAAAUGCUAACACAUUCAGGACGCGCUGUACAAAGAUUAUGUGCACGCAUUGCAAAAAGAUUUCGUCUAAGCUGAGGUAAGAACAUAGUAAAAUAUUGAAAAACGUUGGUGGUUUUCUUUAAAGUUGCAGUAUGUAACAUUUUUGGUUAAAAAUUAGCUAAAUUAGUUAUUGGACAAGUACAUAAUCCAUGUUUUUAAAACGGUCUCCUUACCUAAAUUUGCAAAUGUUAGUUUAAAAUAAUGUUUUAUUUGAGUUUUUAAGGUAGGAUUUCACAGGAAAUGUCAAUUUGACCUUACCCCUUAAAAAGAUAUGUAGACAUAUGUAAAGCUUUCUCGCUGUAAAAAAUAAAAAGUUGGUUCAACUUAAAGCAACACUAUGUAGUUUUUUUACCUUUAAAUAAUGUCUCUAAAAUUAUUUCAGUGAUAGAACAACUUUUAACUGGACAAAUUGUACUGUUGCUGCAACCUGAGCAGCCUUCUAGCUGCUACAAGCACACUCUGAAAGUGGCGGUGGAGGGUAGGAAACACAGCCCCGCCCCUCCCCCUGCCUGCAGAAGAGUGUCUGAUACCAGGCACUGUUGAGCUUUUCAACCACAUGGGGGAGCUGUAAGUUAUUUUUACAUGGAAACUGCAUAGUGUUGCUUUAAUAAAGUAAGUGGCCUGUUUGCCUUCAAAUUUUUGUUAAUUUAACUUAAAAAUAUUAGUUGAGACAUUUUAACUAAUAUUUUUUAAGUUGAAUUAACUCAUAACUUUAAGGCAACCAGGUAACUUACUUCUUUAACUCUUUCCCCGCCAGAGUUUAAAAAAAAGUUGCCAGCCAGCGGCAGCAUUUUUUAUGAUUUUCACCAAAGUUUAAUGCCUUCCAAAAAAAUUAUUCUUUAAAUAUAUAAACAUACAAUAUUUCAAAUGAAAGAACAGACCCUCUGCUUUCAAAAAAGUUUCAUCCUACCUUUAUUUGUUUAUCACUUCUCAAAUAUGGGUAGGUUUCUAUAAAAAUAACACAUUUUGAGCAAAAAGCUGAGAUAAUUUUGUUUUUGUGAAGGACUUUUGAUAGAGAUCAGAUUCAAAGCGAUAAUCAAAACAUACACUGAGUUUGAACUGUUUGAUGUAAGGGGUUGCUUCCCGGUUUUAUAAGAUGGGUAAGAGCACCAUCUGGUGGAUAAUAGCGGAAAUAUGGUGAAAAAACUUGUCAUUGGCAGGGAAAGAGUUAAGUUAAACCAACAAAUAUUUUUACAGUGCUGCAAUUUUAUGAUGUGUAAGCAAAGUUCCAGAUCACAGCUUUAAAGAAAACGCAUGAAAUAAAAACCCAUUAGUCGUACAAUACAUACGAUAUUUAAAAUGUUUUGAUGCAAUGAUUUUUGUAUUUUAAUGGACCUGAGUGACCAAAGAGAAGUCAAAGCCAGUUAGCAUAGUAUGUCCCUACUGUAGUAGGUAGAUUAAUUCAUCUACCAUUUAGUUUAAUACCAGUCCAGUGUUUUUAAUCUAAUGAUGAAAAUGCCUUGAUUGUAAUUUAUUCAUCAUCGGUAUUGGAACACAACUACGGCUUUGUUCUGAUAAAUUUUGAUAUGUUUUUGUGUUUUACAGUACAUUGAACAUUAAAUGGCUGUAUGUUUUGUAAAGCCCUGUAAGAUCAAAGUAAACAAUUGAGCUUCUGUGCGGUGCAAUGUUUGUGAUUGUGCUCCUGUUAUGUUUUCAAUUGGCAGUGUACAAGUCAAAGUUUAAUGAUGCAGUUUCUGUCAAAUUUGUGGUAACUGUUAAAUGUUAC